UGCCGCGGUUGUUGGUGUCGGUGUCGGUGUGACGCGCGGGUGUACCACCAGCAAAUCGUCGUCCCUGGUGACCGGACGACGACCGUCAUCGCCAUCGGCGGCAUCCGGUGUCGGACGCUGCGGGACAACGGAAUCGCGUCACCACUAUGCCACGCUGUCUCAUGGCGAAAAAGUGGAAGUGGAAUCAGUGGCAGGCCCGCGUGGACGAUCAGCCGAGCGAGCAGAGAGACGCGACGCCCGGGGCCGGCCUGCAGGAGGCGCAGCAGCAGCAACACCAGCAACCGCAACCGCAGCAGCAACAGCAGGCACAGCAGCAUCACGCGCUGCAUCAGACCGCGGACGCGAUGGAGAAGCGACAGCACAGGCAUGAACCCGAAGACGAAGAAAUCGACGUGGUCGGAGACGUCGAUAAUCAUCAGGUCGACCAUCAGCAGACCUGUUGGGGGCCGCACAGUCCCACGGCGGGGGCCACGGCCCCUAGUCCGCCGCCCCUGAACGCAUCCGGCGCCCUUUACUAUCACGGAUCAAUAAAGAUCAGAGGCGAUAAACCUACGGGAAUGUGCGGAAUGUUCAUUCAAGGUUACACACACGAGGCAUGGAUCAACCACGAGGAGCCGCCCAAGUACGCGACGCUGCGCUCUGCGGCGGAGCUGGCGCGUCCGGUCGUGCCAUCGCCGCCACCCCCGCAGCAACAGGAGCUGUCGGUUCCUGUAAUGACCGGUCCGAAUUUGCACCAGGCGACGUCGCAUCAAGCAGCGAACCCGAAUCCGUCGUCCUCGUCGUCCUCGCCGUCCGCGUCGUCCACGUCACUGUGCCUGCCGCCGCGCAAGAGUCUCUCGAUGUCCUUCACAAGUACCGGCACGGCGCUUUCCUUGCCGCCCAAGAAGAAGGAUAUCUACCGUCCUUACAGCCUGCAGCCGAUCUCAGAGAUUCGCACCUCUGCCGAGGAGGACCUGUCGGCCGCGCAGGCCAUCCUGGAUCUCAGCGCGUCGCCUGCCGCGCCCACGCACUCCGUUUUCAUUCAUACUUUGUCACCGCCGCCGCCGCCGCCGCCGCCGCCACCGCCGCCACCUCCGCCGCCUGCCGCCGCAGCGCCGGGUGCAGCAACGCAGGAACAGCAGCUGCAGCCAGCGCCGACCGCGAGUGCGCAGUCCAUACCGGUCUCCGUGCUCGUGCCGGUGCCCAGUUCGCAGAUCGAUCAGCUGCGCCAGCAUCAGGAGCAAACUCCGCCGCAGCCGCAGUCGCCAGCGACCGCGGAGGCAACCAGCGGCGGCAACUGCAACGUCGGCAAGGACAGCACCACUGGUAAUAAGACUGUUGCUUACACUUACGAGGCCUUCUUCGUGUCCGAUGGUCGUUCCAAGAGACGCGGUGGCGGCAGCAACGGCGCCGCCGUGCCCGAGAAGGAGGCGGCUCAGCCGGACAGGCCCAAGUUCACGUGCACCGAGUGCGGCAAGCAGUACGCCACGUCGUCGAAUCUGUCGCGGCACAAGCAGACGCAUCGCAGCCUCGACUCGCAGUCCGCUAAGAAGUGCAUCCACUGCGGCAAGGCGUACGUCAGCAUGCCCGCCCUGGCGAUGCACGUGCUCACGCACAAGCUCGCCCACAGCUGCGGCGUCUGCGGCAAGAUGUUCUCGCGGCCUUGGCUACUGCAAGGUCACCUGCGCAGCCACACCGGCGAGAAACCGUACGGAUGCGCCCAUUGCGGCAAGGCGUUCGCCGAUCGCUCGAAUCUGCGAGCGCACAUGCAGACGCACUCGGCCGAUAAGAACUACGAGUGUUCGAGGUGCCACAAGACCUUUGCCCUCAAAUCCUAUCUGAACAAACACCUGGAGUCGGCGUGCCUACGCGACGAGGAGAUGCAGCAGCAGCAGCAGCAGCAGCAUGUCUGUAACAAUACUACGCAGCAUCAACAGAACACCAAUCGAGGCUUGUAGCAGCGCAACGAGAAGGAGAGCAACAACGCCACGAGGAUCGAGGAAACGAUAGAAAGCUAGCGGUGUCCUCCUUGAUAGCCGCUUGAUCGUCAAGGGGCGCGAGGGAUACGAAGAGCGAAGGAGGGGAUUAAGGUUUGCCGUAGAUUUUAAGUAGAAAAGUGCCAGUAGAGACAGAAAUGAGAGCUAGAGAGGGAGAGAAAGCGAAAAUGAGCGAAAGGAAGAGAGAGAAAGGGAAAGGGAGAAAGAGAGGAUGAAAUCGAAAGGGAGACGAAUAUAGAAUCUGGAGGAAAGAAAGGGAGCAAGAGAGUGGGAGAGUGUGAGAUUACUAAUAAUGUCUAACAUUAAUAAAAACGUCCAGUAAUGUUAAGAAGUAAAA